UCAAUCCAAUGUCUAUAAAAUUGAAAGAGAAAUAACUAUAUGUUGAUUAAAAGAGUAGAAAGGAAUAUCUUUAUAAUUUAAUAUAAAAUAUUAAAAUAUUAUUUUUUGAUAGCUUAAAUUUUUAGAGAAUAAUGAUUGGUAUAAACAAGUUAAACAUAAUAUUAAAGCAUGAGAUUUCGAGUUUGAUUAUCGUUAGUCAGGCUCAGAAGGUCUGGAGCCUAGAAGGUCUCGAGCCUAAAUGUGAGAGAAAGUAUUGAUUGUAUAACACAUCCAUGUAAAGAUAACACAUAUCACAAGGAUCUUUUUGAAGUUUACCCUGAAAUUAAUGACAAAACUCAUCGUCUUUAUUAGCAAACAAUGGACAUUAAUGGAGUCAUUUCUUAGAUGCAAUGCGUUAAGAACAAGCUUAUUGAUGAAAAGUAUAACUGCUGUUAAAUUGAAGAAUGAGGAGUUGUUUGUACACAACGUAAACAUUUCUUUCUUUGGUUUCUACUACUACAGGAUUUGCCAAAAUUUUCUCUCUUCAAAAAUAAGAACAAUGCUUGGAGUGGUCUUUUCCUCCAUAUUUUUGGUUGUGUACAUUGCCAAUUCAUGUAAUUGCCUUAAGAUCUAUGAUGUCACCAAGUAUGGAGCAAGUGCAGGUAAAAAGGAUAACCAAGCAGCUUUUUUGGCUGCUUGGAAAGCUGCAUGCAACUUCGGCGGCGCCGCGAGCCUUCUGAUCCCCCCCGGAACCUUCGCACUCGGGCCGGUCAAUUUACGAGGGCCCUGCAAGAAUCACAAGUCUCCUUUUGUUGAGAUCAGGGGAAAUUUGAGGGCUCCUCCGAGGUUUAUUCGCUCCCCUGAUAUGUUUUGGAUCAAGUUCAAUGACCUCAACGAAUUGACGGUCACCGGUGGUGGUGUACUCGACGGCCAGGGUGCUCUCUCGUGGCUGAGGAAAAAGUGCGGUCACGGUCGUUCCAGCAAGCUACCUCCAACGACACUCAAGUUUAAAGAUGUUAGCAAUUCGUCGAUACACCGGCUUAAUCUCGUCAAUAGCAAGGCCUUCCACAUGAACUUUCACCAAUGCAAUCACAUCGACGUCCACGAUCUUAAAAUAACCGCGCCAGGAAAUAGCCUCAACACCGACGGCAUCCACAUCGGGCAAACAAGUCAUAUUAGCAUUCGAAACUCGAUCAUCAGCACCGGCGACGACUGCAUCUCCAUCGGUCCAGGAUCGAGAAAUGUGACUGUGUCCAACAUCACUUGCGGACCAGGCCAUGGAAUAAGUAUUGGGAGUUUAGGUAAGUACAGAAAUGAGACUGACGUGAUUGGUUUGCUCGUAAAGAAUUGUACGGUGAAGAACACGACGAACGGAGUCCGAAUCAAGACGUGGCCAGGAUCGCCUGGCUUGCAGGCGAUUCGAGCUCUUAAUAUCACAUUCGAGGACAUAACCAUGAUCAAUGUAUCGAAUCCUAUCAUAAUAAAUCAACUGUAUUGUCCGGGCCAUGGCUGCACCAAAAAGCCUUCGCAAAUACAGAUUGGCGACGUCAGAUUCAGAAGAAUAAGAGGAACUUCAAGAACCGAAACAGCAAUCAAUUUGCAGUGCAGCGAAGACGUGCCGUGCAAGAACGUAGAGCUCGACGACGUAAAGUUAACUUGCGCAGGUCGGCGCGGUUGGUCAUGCUCUAAUGUGAAUGGCAAUUUCUCAGGCGUCCAGUUCACAGGCCCAUGCCUCUCUUAGAGCACUAGAUUGUCGCAAUUUUGUCCAUUCAGAACAAAUUUUGGCAAAUUUCUGUAUGUUUAUCGGAGUCGAGUUCUUGGAUAUAUAAUCGAAUUAGGAAUUGGCAUGUUUGGUCGUAAAUUUUCUUUGAUUUUGAAUGAGAAAUUGAGAAUUAGAAUAA